AUGAAAUUGCUUAUAAUUGGGAAUGGAGGAAGAGAACAUGCACUUUCAUGGAGAUUAUCAAAAUCUCCACGGGUUGAGAAGAUAUUUGUUGCACCAGGAAAUGGAGGAACAAAUGGUUUAUAUGGGAUUGUAGAAAAUGUAGAGAUUGGUCCUUUAGAAUUCGAAAAAUUAGUGAAAUUUGCAGUUAGCAAUGAUAUUGAUCUUGUUAUACCAGGAACAGAAGUACCAUUAGUCGCAGGUGCAGAAGAAUACUUUAGAAAAGCUGGAAUUUACUUUUUUGGACCAUCAAAGAAAGCCGCGCAAAUGGAAGGAUCAAAAGCAUUUUCUAAAGAUUUUAUGAAACGGCAUAAUAUACCAACUGCUAAAUAUAAGAACUUUACUUCAUAUGAACUUGCAAAAGAAUAUAUAUUACAAGUAGAUUAUGAUGUGGUUAUUAAAGCAUCUGGAUUGGCUUCAGGAAAAGGUGUAAUUGUUCCAGAAUCUAAAUCGCAUGCUCUUACUUCCCUUCAUGAAAUUAUGGAAAACAAAAUUUUUGGUAUAGCUGGUGAUGAAGUGGUUAUUGAGGAACGUUUAAUUGGAGAAGAAUUAAGUAUUCUUGCUUUUUCUGAUGGGUAUACUAUAAAGCUUUUGCCUCCUGCAAGAGAUUAUAAACGUCUAUAUGAUGGAGAUAAAGGACCAAAUACAGGUGGAAUGGGUUGCUAUUCUCCAUCUAUUUCAACCCUAUCUUUAUUAGAACAAAUUCGUAAGGAAAUUUUGCAAGAAACUAUUGAUGGAAUGAGGAAAGAAGGUUUUCCAUUUGUUGGUCUUUUAUUUACAGGUAUUAUGUUGACUUCAGAUGGUCCAAAGGUUUUGGAAUAUAAUGUGCGUUUUGGUGAUCCAGAGACCCAAACAGUCUUGCCAUUACUUCAUGAAGAUACAGAUCUUUUGGAAAUAAUUUUGGCAUGCAUUGAGCGAAGACUUGAUUUUGUUCAACUUCAUAUUAAUCCACUUUUUUCUGUUUGUAUUGUUCUUGCUGCAAAAGGCUAUCCUUAUUCUUAUGAAAAGGAGAAAUUAAUAGAUAUCGGUACUAUUGGAGAUGAAGCCAUUGUUUUUCAUUCAGGAACAGCUAUUUCUGAAUCAAAAGAACUUGUUACUACUGGAGGAAGAAUCUUAUCAAUAUCUGCUACAGGAAUAACACUAGAAGAAGCAGCCAAAAAUGCUUAUAAAAAUAUUAAAUCUAUUUUUUUUGAAAAUAUGUUUAAUCGUAAUGAUAUUGCUUAUAAGGAAUGUGAUACGAACAAAAAAAAAUUGAAAGAUAUUGUUACAUAUUUAUCGUCUGGUGUUUCCAUUGAUACUAGUAAUAAUUUUUUAAGUAUAAUUAAAUCGAAAAUUCAAACUACUAAACGCCUCGGUUCUGAUGCUAUAAUUGGAGGAUUUGGGGGUAUUUUUGAUUUAAAAAAAUUAAAUUAUAAAGAUCCUUUAUUAGUUAGUACAAUAGAUGGAAUCGGAACAAAAAUAAAAAUAGCUCAAGCUAUAAAUAGACAUGACAUAAUUGGAAUUGACCUUGUUGCUAUGAAUGUUAAUGAUUUAAUUGUCCAAGGAGCAGAACCAUUGUUUUUUCUUGAUUAUUAUGCUUGUAGAAAACUUGAUAUUAGCAAUGCUACAUCAUUUAUUGACGGUAUUUGUAACGGUUGUAUAAUGGCUGGAUGUGCACUUAUUGGUGGAGAAACAGCAGAAAUGCCUGGAAUAUAUUAUAAUAAAGAUUUUGAUAGUGCAGGAGCAGCUAUCGGUAUUGUAGAAAGAAAAAACCUUCUACCUUCUUUUGAGAUAAUGAAAUCUGGAGACAUCGUUUUGGGGUUAGGUUCAAGUGGACUACAUUCAAACGGAUUUUCUUUAAUAAGAAAAAUAAUUGAGAAAUCUGGAUUAUAUUAUAAUGAUCCAGCACCAUGGGACCCUUCAACAACAAUAGGUCUAAGUCUUCUUACGCCAACUAGAAUAUAUGUUAAAUCUCUUUUAAAUUUAGUAAAAAAAGGCGUUAUUAAAGGAAUGGCGCAUAUCACUGGCGGUGGAUUUAUAGAAAAUAUUCCAAGAAUUCUUCCAGAUAAUCUCAUGUGCGAAAUAGAUGCAACAUCUUGGGAACUACCAAAAGUUUUUUCCUGGCUUAAAAAAGCUGGAAAUGUUCCUAUUAAUGACCUUUCAAGAACUCUUAAUAUGGGUAUAGGAAUGGUGAUAAUUGUAGAUAUCAUGAACGUAUCAGAAGUAUUGACAGAAUUAAAAAAUAUGGGUGAAAAUGUGUAUAAUAUUGGAAACAUAUUAAAUAGAACAUCGCAACACCCAAAAUGUUUAUUAAAAAAUUUAGAUGCAUGGGAAUAAGAAAAUAUAGCCUUUAUAUAC